CCCUCCCAUCUAUCUCUCUCUCUCUCCUCUCUCAGACACACACUCUCUCUCUCUCUCUCAGAGCCAGUAGUGGUAGAUCUUGUUCAGCAGCGCGUAUCCAGGGAAAUUUUUGCUCAGAGAAAAGUACUCAUUUCCCAAAUCCGAAAUCUGAUCUUCUGCAAUCGAUAAUCUGGUUCAAAUCUUCUGUCUUCUUCUUAAAACCUAGGUUUUGCUCUGAAAGUUUUUACCUUUACAUUUUUUCUGCUGUAAUUUUUUGUGGGUUGUGGUUUUUGAGGGGCUUGAAGGUUGAUUUGUUUGCUUUUGAGUUUUUCCCAGCGGAAGAUUGAGAAGAUUUACUAUUAAUUUGGCAUUGAAGAAAUAAAAUCAAGAUGCCGUGGACGUCUUCUUUUGUGAAUUACAACAGGAACUGCGUUCGCUUGGUGGUGUUCUUCCGUGUCAUACUGUAAAUUGCUUCACUUUGGUGAAACUCUGUUUUCGAAGGAUCCUUUUAUUUGGUGAUUUUUAGGGCUGGUUGGAAGAGUGAGAAUGAACAUUGGGGUAAACGUAAAGAAAUAUCGAGCUAUAAAGGAAGUUGGGAAGAUUUUAAUGAGUGUUGGGGUAAUUGCCUACUCUCACCAGAUGCAAGUUUGUCAGGCUGAAUAUUUCCGUCAGUUGCUUAAACCUGUUACGUAGUAUUAUAUCAAAAGCCCUCUGGACUCGGGGAUUUGGUAUAAACUGGCACUCUUGCGGUAUUUAUACAUAAGAAGGCAGUUGUAGUUGUUGUGGUUGCUUUUGGUUGGGAAUAGGUGGCUCUCGUGACCAAAAUGGAAAUAACUUGAUUUGUAAACAGUUCUUGUAUUAUCUUUGCGAACCUUCAUCCAGUUAGAAGUCAAAGAAUCUGACACUUCAGUUGAAACGCCGUCUGUUAAGCUUUAAUUACUUAGAAUUUCUGAUGCAGAGUGACCAGCAAUUUGACCCCAACAAGGCAGCUCCGCCGUUUUCAAAUCAAGUGGGUAAUAAUUACAUGCAUAUUCCAGUUGCUUCUGGGUGUGGGGCAGUUUUACCUAAUGACGCAAAUCACUUUAGACCUUUCCAUGGUGUUGAAUUUCAAACCUCUAGCAUCUGCCCGAAGAAUUUCAUUAUCUUCGACCAGACUGAUCAUCGAAGUCAGAUUAUGUUCAAUCCUGAAAUUUCCCACAAAAUUACUGGUCCUGCCUUUAACCUCUGUGCAGCUUACAUCCAAGACAAUCUGGGAUUGAACAAGGGAAAUAUUGACAAUAGAGAAGCAUCGUCUACUCUGAAGGAGGACUCCGAUGAUAUUGAUGCAUUGUUGAGCCUGGAAGAGGAAGAGCUGGAAGAUUAUGAUGAGGAAGAGGUCAGUACAGCACGAACUCGUGGAAAUUAUGGGAGCUCAUUCUCUGAUUCUUGCUCCAGUUAUGGUUUGAAAACCAAGAAGGAAAGGCUGUGUUCUUCACUUGAAAAAUCUACUGCCAUUGGUAGCAGUAGCAGCUGCAAUAGUGAAAGGAAACGCCAAAAAAUGAAGAAGAUGGUGAGGGCGCUGAGAGGGAUUGUUCCUGGUGCGAAUGAAAUGAACACUGUCGCCGUUCUAGACGAAGCUGUUCAGUACUUGAAAUCUCUCAAGGUUGAGCUGCAGAAGCUUGGAGUUGAGAAUUUGAACGACUAAAUGUGCACUUGAAGCUACGGUGGUAAGAACGUACACUCUCUUGUUUUUAUCACUCCCCUCUCUUUUGAACGAAGGCGAUUAUCCCUCAUGUUGUCACUCGAAUCUGAUUUCGGAGCUCUCUGGUACUGCUCCUGAAGUGUAUUCCGAUCUUCUCUUUGAUUUGUAGUAUGGAUGCUCAUUUUCUUCUUUUCAGUUAAUUUCGUAUGGUAAGUUGCAGCUAUCGACUGCUAUGUAACUAUGCACUAUUUUCGCCACCCUCGCUUGGUUAAUAAAUCAGUUUGCUUCUGUUAGUUAUAA